AUGGCCCUCUGGAUGCGCCUCCUGCCCCUGCUGGCCCUGCUGGCCCUCUGGGCGCCCGCACCCACCCGAGCCUUCGUUAACCAACACCUGUGUGGCUCCCACCUGGUAGAGGCUCUGUACCUGGUGUGCGGGGAGCGCGGCUUCUUCUACACGCCUAAGGCCCGCCGGGAGGUGGAGGACCUGCAGGUGAGGGACGUGGAGCUGGCUGGGGCGCCUGGCGAGGGCGGCCUGCAGCCCCUGGCCCUGGAGGGUGCCCUGCAGAAGCGAGGCAUCGUGGAGCAGUGCUGCACCAGCAUCUGCUCCCUCUACCAGCUGGAGAAUUACUGCAACUAG